AGCUCCUUCAGACUACAUUCUACUUGCUCCUCUGGUCAAGGAAGUUCACUUACAUUCCCAGAAGAUGUCCACUCUCUUGGAAAACAUCAUUGCCAUCAUUGACUUAUUCCACCAAUACUCAAAAACAGAUAAUGAGACGGACUCGCUAAGCAAAAAAGAGCUGAAGGAACUUCUGGAAAAAGAGUUUCAGACAAUCCUGAAGAAUCCGGAUGACCCAGACACAGCUGAUAUUCUGAUGCAUAUCCUUGACAUAGACCACAACAAGGAAAUAGACUUCACAGAGUUCUUUCUCAUGGUAUUCAAGUUAGCUCAAGCAUACUAUCAUUCUAACGAAAGGCAGUAUUUCCAAACACCAAGACAAAAGCAGAAAAAGUAUGAAUACAAUAACCAAGAUGAAGAAGAUGAUAUAGAGGAAGAAACAGAUGAAGAUGAGGAGACAAGAACAAGAAAACACACUCAUUCAAGAACUGAUAGAAAGGGGAAUAAACCAAGAUUCACGAGCCCAAAACGAAAAGGCAAAAAACGUUCUACUUCUAGGACUCAGGAGAAAAAAGAAGAAAUAUCCAUUACUGGACACAAAAAUGAGUCUGAGAAAAAACAUGACUCACGAAGGAAAAAAAACGAAGUUUCAAGUUUCAAUGAAGUACAAGAAAGAAGGUACAAGCCAAGUGUAACAAGACAUGCAACAGACAAUAGAUGUACAGAAGAUGUAUAUUGUUAUGAACACACAAAACAAGUGAGUGAAAAAAGGAAAAAAACAGAAAAUGACGAUUCAUAUAACACUAGCCAGGAAACAUUGCUUAGUGCUACAGAUUAUCAAAUGCAGGUAAAAGAAAAAUUAGAAAAAUCAGGUAUGUUAUCAGAACAAAAUGAGAAAAGACAAGGAAAUUCAUAUCACCAAACGAAAGUUUCCGAAAGCUCAAAUGAAAAUGCAACAUCUGAAUCCAGAAAAACCAGAAAACAAGGGCCCAGGCUGAAUCAGUACAGAGACAGUGAAGGACAAUUGGAAGAGACAGAGAGACAAGAUGGGUAUGGGAAACAAACACACAGUGGAUAUGGACAGGAUCAGUCACAACACAGCUCCAGACACACUGGGUCUCAUCAAGAGCAGACAGAUACUCAUGGGCACCGUGCAACUGCUCAUGGAGAGUCAGACUCUGCUGUCUAUAGAAGACAAGGAUUAACUCAUGGAGAGUCUGAAGAGAGAUAUAGACAAUCGGGUACUAAUCGGGAAGAGACAUUCUCUACACGACAGAAUGACGCAGCACAUGGGCAGUACAGACCAAGCACAAGAGGAAGACAAGAAACCAGGUAUGAGCAGUCAGCAGAGAGCUCCAGAUUCUCAGGCACUGGACAUGGACAAUCAUCCUCUGGAUCCAGGACGAGGAGACAACAGGGAUACAGUGACAGUCAGGCCAAUGACAGUGAACGACAAACAGAAGUGACAAGUACGCAACCCCAUGGGACAUCUGCGUCUGGUUCCAGGACACAACGUGGGUCCCCACAUGCCCACUCAGCAAACAGCUCCAGGAACUCAGGGUCACAUCACAGAACGACAGCCACCCAGAGGGAGCCUCACAUUGCCCAUGGACGUGCAGAAUCCAGACCUGGAGGGAGACCAGGAUACCGCCACGAGGAGGCAAGAGACAGCUCUAGACAUGACGGCUCCCAUGAGGGUCAGGCUGCCAGUGGAGAAGUCUCUGAGUCUUCCCAAGGAUGGCACGGACUCAGCACUGGACCGAGACAAGGAUCCCACCAUGAGCAGGCAAGAGACAGCUCAAGCCAUGCAGGGUCACAACACCACCAAAGUGCCCCCCAGGGAUGGUCCGAUUCUGCCCGUGGACAGUCACAUUCUCACAGUGCAGGUGGGCACAGAUCGGGCCAGGAACAAUCAGGAGACACCUCUGGGCACACAGAGUCACAUCAUGUACAGACAGCCAACCAAAGGCCGUCUGACUCUGCCAAUGGAUGGGCAGUAUCCAACCCUAGGGAAAGACAAGGCCACCACCGUGAACAGUCAGGAGAUACCACCAGACACUCAUGGACUGGACGUGGACAAGAUUCAUCUGGAUCCACUUACAGCAGAAGCCAGGGAGCCACUAGGAACCGGGCCAGUGAUAGUGAAGGAGUCUCAGAAUUUUCAGACAAUCAGUCAGCCUCAGGGUAUAGACAGUCUGAGUCCAGCACAGCAAACCAACGUGAGUCUGCACGUGUCCAGUCAGGGGGUAGGACUGUGAACUCAGAGUCUCAAGUGUACCAGCUAUCCUCCCAUGAACAGUCGGAUUCAGACCACACACACUCCCAAUCCACUACCAGAGUAAGACCAGGAUCCCGGCAGGAACAGGGGAGAGUCAGCUCUAGAUAUGACGGCUCCCAUGAGGGUCAGGCGUCCAAUGGGGAAGACUCUGAGGCUUCCCAUGAACGGCCCAGGCACAGCAAUGCAGGGAGACGAGGAUCCCGCCAUGACCAGGCAAGGGACAGCUCUAGACAUGAUGGCUCCCAUGAGGGUGAGGCAUCCAGUGGGGAAGACUCGGAGGCUUCCCACAGACAGCCCAGACACAGCACUGGAGAGAGAGAAGGACCCCGCCACGGGGACGCGAGAGACAGCUCUGGGCACGCUGGGUCGCGUCACCACCAAAGUGCCUUCCAGGGACAGUCCGAUUUUGCACGUGGUCAGUCACGAUCCCGCAGUGCAAGCAGGCACAGAUCCGGCCAGGCACAAUCAGGAGACAGCUCUAGGCACGCAGGGUCCCGUCACCACCAAACAUCCUCUCAGGUAGAUAGCCCUAGAAACUCAGGGUCUGGGAAUGGACUCAGAUCAUCUGGAUCCAGGACAACUAGAAACCGUGGGUCCAGUCUUAGUCAGCACAGUGAUACCGAAGGACAGUUGGAAGAGUCAGAGAGACAAGACGGUUCUGGCGCACGAAGCCACCGUGUAUCCGGCCGCGAAGAGUCAGAAGACAGGUAUGGACACACUGGCUCUCGUCGACAGCACACAGAUAUUCGUGGGCGCUCUGCAACUGUCCAUGUACAGUCAGACUCUGGUGCCAAUAGAAGACAAGCAUCUGUUCAUGGACAGUCUGAGGAGAGCCAUAGAAAAUUGCUUUCUCAUCACGGAGAGACAUCCUUUCCACCAAACAGUGACUCAGCCGACAGGCAGUCCAGAUGGAGCACAAGGGGAAGACAAGAAACCCAGCAUGAGCAGUCAGCAGAGAGCUCCAGACUCUCAGGUGCUGGACAUGGGCAAUCUUCCUCUGGAUCUGGGACAAGGAGACACCGGGGAUACAGUGAGAGUCAGGCCAAUGACAGUGAACGACAAUCAGAAGCUGCAGGUACACAAUCCGCGGUCACCCGUGGAACACCAGCGUCUGGUUCCAGGACACAACGUGGGUCCCCACAUGUCCAGUCAGCAGACAGCUCUAGGAACUCAGUGUCCCAUCACAGAACGACAGCCACCCAGAGGGAGUCUGACCUUGCCCGCGGACGUGCAGAAUCCAGACCUGGAGGGAGACCAGGAUCCCGCCACGAGGAGGCAAGAGACAGCUAUAGACAUGUCGGCUCCCAUGAGGGUCAGGCUGCCAGUGGGGAAGUCUCUGAGUCUUCCCAAGGACGGCAUGGACUCAGCACUGGACCGAGACAAGGAUCCCACCAUGAGCAGGCGAGAGACAGCUCAAGCCAUGCAGGGUCACAACACCAGCAAAGUGCCCCCCAGGGACGGUCUGAUUCUGCUCGUGGUCAGUCACAUUCUCACAGUGCAAGUGGGCACAGAUCGGGCCAGGAACAAUCAGGAGACACCUCUGGGCAUACAGCGUCGUAUCAUGGACAGACAGCCAACCAAAGGCAGUCUGACUCUGCCAAUGGAUGGGCAGUAUCCAACCCUAGGGAAAGACAAGGCCACCACCGUGACCAGUCAGGAGAUACCGCCAGACACUCACGGACUGGACGUGGACAAGACUCAUCUGGAUCUACUUACAGCAGAAGCCAGGGAGCCACUAGGAACCAGGCCAGUGAUAGUGAAGGAGUCUCAGAAUUUUCAGACAAUCAGUCAGCCUCAGGGUAUAGACAGUCUGAGUCCAGCACAGCAAACCAACGUGAGUCUGCACGUGUCCAGUCAGGGGGUAGGACUGUGAACUCAGAGUCUCAAGUGUACCAGCUAUCCUCCCAUGAACAGUCGGAUUCAGACCACACACAAUCCCAAUCCACUACCAGAGUACGACCAGGAUCCUGGCAGGAACAGGGGAGAGUGAGCUCUAGAUAUGACGGCUCCCAUGAGGGUCAGGCGUCCAAUGGGGAAGACUCUGAGGCUUCCCACAGAUGGCCCAGGCACAGCAAUGGAGGAUCCCGCCAUGACCAGGCAAGGGACAGCUCUAGACAUGAUGGCUCCCAUGAGGGUGAGGCAUCCAGUGGGGAAGACUCGGAGGCUUCCCACAGACAGCCCAGACACAGCGCUGGAGAGAGAGAAGGAUCCCGCCACGGGGACGCGAGAGACAGCUCUGGGCACGCUGGGUCGCAUCACCACCAAAGUGCCUUCCAGGGACAGUCCAAUUUUGCACGUGGUCAGUCAGGAUCCCGCAGUGCAAGCGGGCACAGAUCCAGCCAGGCACAGUCAGGAGACAGCUCUAGGCACGCAGGGUCCCAUCACAGACAGCCAGCCACCCACAGGCAGUCUGACUCUGCCCAUGGACGGGUAUCUUCUACUAGUAGGGAAUGGCAAGACCACGAGCAUGGCCCAUCAGAAGAUACCGCCAGACACUCAGGGACUGGACGUGGACAAGCAUCAUCUGCAUCCAGUUACAGCAGAAGCUACGGUGGCAGUAGUACUUAUGCCAGUGUUAGUGAACUUGUUUCAGGAUUCUCAAUUAGUCAUUUUCAGUCCAUUUAGAUUCCAUUUUAAGAAACCCAAAUCCCGUUUUUCCUCAGUAUUCCUCAUCUAAUCCUGGUAACUCUUAUUUUCAUCCUAAGUGGAUAUCCACUCAUGGACAGCGUGACUCAUUCCUGGAACAGUCACGUUCUAUUAGAAUGCAAAAGUAAGAAUCUCCACAGUGUCAAUUAGGUGACUGCAGCCCACAUUCUCUGUUUGAGCAUGCAUACACCUUAUCCCCUUAUGGGACAUCUAGUGUCACGUCAAUAGUGUGGGAAGGGUCAGUCCAUGGUCAUUCUGAUACUCCUUCUCAGGAGUCAGGUUAUAAUUCAAGAAUGCCAUCAUUUGGCAGUCAUCAUCAAUCUGCAAGUAAUAAUUUUCAGUCUAUGGUUAAUGAAAGGCAAGUGCACAGUUCAGGCCAUGGCUGGCAAUAUGGCAGCUAUGGAAAUGCCAAUUAUGACUAUGGACAGUCUGGCUUUGGAGAGUCUCAAUAUGAAAGAGUCAGUCAUGAUGCCAGGCCUGUGGGAUGCAUGGACAAAUGUGAAUAUGGAGAAGAAUUUAUGAGUUCCAAUAUAAGAAGCAGUAAUGUAUGCUCAGGAUUAUAUCGUCAUUCAACUGAUAUUUCAAAACAGCUGGGGUUUGGUCAGUCUCUAAGAUACUAUUAUUAUGAGUGAGAAACCAAUAGAGAAGUAAUUUUCCCAAGAAUAGGAGAAUAGCCAAGACACAACUCUGAAUCAAGUAACUUCUCAUUAUGCUUUCAGGAAGUUAUUUUUUCACUUUAAAAAAAAGUAAGUUAUACUAUUUGUUUACUUUGGUGAUAGUUUCUUUCUAUUCUCUAGGAUGCUUUUAAAUUUAUAGUUAAGAAAAGGUGAAUGGAAGAAAUCAACAUCAUAGAAAAUUAUGAGUAUUUCGGGAGAUAGGGAUUCAAGUAAGGAUUUUUCUUUUAAGAGAUUAAAUUUUAGAACCUCUCCAACUGAUACUUUAAUCUUUCCCAAAAACAUCUCAGUCACCAAAAAUACAAAGUCAUUGUUCUGGAGGCCAAAACUGCUGUAUUUAUAUAAGCGCUCAGGACAUUUGCCUCUAUUACACUUUAAUUGGAAUUAUUGCUUUAUUCUGUAUUAUUCUGCAUUUAUUGAAAUCACCUUGGGAAUACAGAAUUCAAAAACUGCAAAGUGCAUGAAACUUAAAAAUAAACAAUUGGUCAUAUAUCAUA